AUGCAUGCCCGUGAGGUGGCGCCUCCGAAGCUCGGCUGCGGCGAGGCGCGAGGAGCCCGCACUCUGUGGGUGGUGUCGCCGAGCAGCGUCUCGAGCGCUGAAGUGGACUCGGCGCUGGAUGCUCGCUCGCCGAUGGCACUCCGUGUUGCCAUCGACGUGGGCUUCGACGACCUGAUGUCCGACGGCGAGCGCAAGUCGCUGGCGAGCCAGUGCGGUCUCUGCCACAGUAUCGCAUCCCAGGCUGAGCACCGGCCACACGUCGCACUCGCGGUCUGCUGCGGCACGGGGGGCGGGGAGCGUUCGCUCUCGCUGCUGCGCGCCGCGGGGCUCGAGCAGUGGCAGCCGCUCUCCUGGCAGGGCGGUUCCUCCGCGUCCUUGCUCUCGAUGCCGGGCACGAGUGUUGACGAUCUCGUCUACCUGAGCCCCGACGCGCCCGACGUGCUGUCCGAGCUCACGCCCUCCGCAGUCUACGUCAUCGGAGGCCUCGUCGACCGGCACAAGGUUCGCGGGGCGUCACGUGAGCGCGCCGCCGCUCUCGGAAUCCGUUGCGCUCGCUUACCCUUG